GAGGAGCAGGAAGCGGCCCGGCUGCGCUCGGCCCCUCGUGUGCUGCCACUGCCACCGCCGCCGGGGGCACCGCGCCCUCCGCUCCGCUCCGCUCCGGGCCGUCUGCGGGCUUUGCUCGCUUUAUUCCCUCCGUUCUCCCUGCUCUCCGAGCGCUCGGCGCUCGCCGUCGGGAGGAGGCACCGGCGGGGCGCGGCACCAGGGGCACCCCCGGCUCCUCCGCCGCCAUGAGCGCCGCGGGCCCCGCGCCCGGCCCCGGCCCCGGCCCACAGGAGAGGGGUUCCGGACACGGCCCCGGGCACGGCCCCGGCACGGCCCGCCCGGCCAGCCCGCAGGAGGAGUUUGACUUCUCCAUCCUCUUCGACUACGACUACCUGAAGCCGAUCGAAGAAGAACCGACUCCACAUAAAACCAACAGCCCACCCUCUGGAGUUACAUACGCUCACGAUGUCGUGGACUGUGGCCUCAAGCCAUGCUCCYUGCCUUUUCCUAGCCUUUCUGCAGAUCCCAUGGGCAGAUAUGGACAGCCAGAUAGCAUAGGGCCACCACCUACACACCCUGCCAACGCUGCAGGGGCCUCUGCUCCGAGCCCUAGGAUUGAAAUAACUCCAUAUCAUGAACUGAUUCAUUCGGGGGGUCCCUUCCGCAGCAGAGACACAGAUGUUUUGGUAGAACAUCAGGCAAACUCAGCCACCACUAGCCCAAGGGUUACCCUGCCUGUCCCUGGCUUUGAGGGCUACAGAGAACCACUGUGUCUGAGCCCAGCUAGUAGCGGCUCCUCUGCAAGUUUCAUUUCAGAGACAAAUGUAUCUCCUUGCACAUCACCAUGUGUUUCACCAAAUAAUGGUCCUAGUGAUGACCUUUGUCCGCAGUUUCAAAACAUCCAUACUCAUUAUUCUCCUAGAACCUCUCCAAUAAUGUCACCACGAACAAGCAUCACGGAGGAAACCUGCUUGGGACGCCAUUCACCAUCACCCUGUCCCAACUCAAGGUCUUCGUCACCGGGUGCCAAACGGAGGUACUCUUGCACUGAGCUCUGCAGUACUCAGCUGCCUUCCACCUCUCCUCGGCAGUCGAGGAGCCCCUCUCCACAGCCCUCUCCUCGCAUCCCCCUGAGAGAAGACACCUCAGCGGUCACUUACGCGCAGUUGGCCAGCGCUCCCCUUCCCAUGGAUGCUAUGAGCAGCCUACCCACCGAUCCUUCCUGCGGUGUUCCCACCAAAAUCUGGAAAACCAGCCCUGAUCCUUCAUCCAUGCCUUCCCACAAAAACAGCAUUCCAUGCCACGUCUUUCAGACUGUUGAUUUYCACGGGCCUUGUGAGCAGGAGGACAGGAGAAACUCAGCGCCAGAAUCGGUUCUGUUGGUACCUCCAUCCUGGACAAAGCAGCUGCUGCCUGCAAUUCCCAUCUGCAGUUUGCCCGUGCAGUCUCUGCCCCCUCUGGAAUGGCCCCUGUCCAGCCAGUCUGGUUCCUACGAGCUGCGGAUCGAGGUGCAGCCCAAGCCCCACCACCGCGCGCACUACGAGACCGAGGGCAGCCGUGGAGCCGUCAAAGCACCCACCGGGGGCCACCCCGUGGUGCAGCUGCACGGGUACAUGGAGAACAAACCCCUGGGGCUGCAGAUCUUCAUUGGCACAGCAGACGAGCGCAUCCUGAAGCCCCACGCCUUCUACCAGGUCCAUCGCAUCACGGGCAAAACYGUCACCACCACCAGCUACGAGAAGAUCAUUGGCAACACCAAAGUGCUGGAGAUCCCCCUGGAACCCAAAAACAACAUGAAAGCAACCAUUGACUGCGCGGGGAUCCUGAAGCUGCGCAACGCCGACAUCGAACUGCGCAAGGGCGAGACCGACAUCGGCCGCAAGAACACCCGCGUGCGCCUCGUGUUCCGCGUGCACAUCCCCGAGCCCAGCGGCAGGGUGGUGUCCCUGCAGGCGGCCUCCAACCCCAUCGAGUGCUCCCAAAGAUCUGCUCAUGAACUUCCAAUGGUUGAAAGACAAGACAUUGACAGCUGCCUGGUUUAUGGAGGACAGCAGAUGAUCCUGACUGGACAGAAUUUCACAGCAGAGUCCAAAGUGGUGUUCACRGAAAAAACAUCAGAUGGGCAGCAGAUCUGGGAAAUGGAGGCMACAGUGGACAAAGAUAAGAGCCAGCCUAGCAUGCUGUUUGUGGAAAUCCCUGAGUACCGCAACAAGCACAUCCGCACRGCCGUCAAGGUCAACUUCUACGUCAUCAACGGCAAAAGAAAAAGAAGCCAACCCCAGCAUUUCACCUAUCACCCAGUACCAUCCAUCAAAACAGAGCCCAUUGAUGACUAUGAUCCAGCCCUAAUCUGCAGCACGGURCACGGUGCUCUGGGGACUGUAACGCAGCCCUACUACCCACAGCACACCCUGGCCACCGAGGCUCCUUCCUGCCUGGUGGCCACCAUGGCUCCGUGCCAGCAGCUGCGCCCGGGCCUGGCCUCUCCYGACUCGCGCUACCAGCAGCAGAGCCCCGCUGUGAUUUACCAAMGGAGCAAGAGCCUGAGCCCCAGCCAGCUGGGCUACCAGCAGCCCAACGUGCUGGCCGCGCCGGUGGCCRUGGCCGAUGCGCACAGGUCGGUGCUGGUGCACGCCGGCUCUCCGGGCCAGCUCCACCACUCUCCGGGCCAGCAGCAGCCAUCCCCCGUCAUCCACUAUUCUCCAACCAACCAGCAGCUGAGGUGUGGCAGCCACCAGGAGUUCCAGCACAUCAUGUGCUGUGAGAAUUUCCCGGCCAGCGUGGCCAGAGGCAGCCAGCCCCAGGCCGGCCAGGCACAGAGGCUCAGCCCCGGCUCCUACCCCACGGUCAUCCAGCAGCAGGCGGCCCCGGGCCAGCGGGCAGCCAAGAACGGGCCMCCAGGCACUGAGCAGAAGGACGUGCUGCCAGCAGGAGUGACCAUCAAGCAGGAGCAGAACCUGGACCAGGCRUACCUGGAUGAUGUUAACGAAAUUAUCAGGAAGGAAUUUUCUGGACUCCCUGCCAGAAGUCAGACAUAGAAGAAGAGAUUUGUGAGACAGCUUUUACCAARUCCUUCCAUGAGUGACCUCUUAGAUCCUUCCAGUGCCCCUGCAACCUCCGGCUUCCUUCGCGGUUCAUCUCCAGGCACCGGCUCGGUGCGAGGAACAAUGAAUUGGCACCAAGUGACAGCCUUGACUAAGCAACUCGCCACCUCUCUCUGUAAACAGCACGAGGACACCCUUCCUUUCAUCCAGAGAUCACAUUGUUCUCCUGGAACACGGCAUCUGUCUGAGGAAACACUUCAAGCCUGCUGCAGACCAUCCAUCCAUCCGUCCGUCCAUCCAUCCAGAUGGGAACUGUCCUGAGCAGGGCCCCGAGCCUGGGCUGGACACUGGGCUGGCAAAGGGGAACACAGAGUAAUAUAUUCAUGAAAUAUAAACCUUCUGCACGUCACUAACAAUGAUUUGCCCUCCAGCUUUCAAAGCYCUCCUGAGAUAUUUUAUUAUUGUAGGAAACGGAGGCAGCCCGAGCUUGCUCAGCCUUCAUCCAGUCUGGGAUCAAAAGACAGUUUUCUGUGAGCACUGUGGUUGGUGUUUCAAACAGGAGAUGUCAGCUGAAUCCAGGAGAUCUUUUCAUUUUCCUCAUCAGGCUGGAUAGGAGUUUGAAAGAGAGGGAUUCUCUUAAACAGGCAGUGAAAAGAGCAAUUCACAGCUGCAGCACCUGUCCCAAGGUAAAAUAAACCCAGGUAAAACAGAGAUUAAUAUAUAGGAGCCACAGUAAACCCAAAGAUUUUCUGAUUGAUCCUUGUUUAUAUUUAGGCAGUGUAUGAACACAUCUUAGAUAUUUUCUCUCCAACAAAUUGUUGCUGU